UAUUCGCGAAGUCUGAUCACUUUUUUCCGUGAGGGACGUAUUAGCUUAGAGCUAAAGCUAAGCUUCUUCUUCUGUUUUUUUUCAAGGCUCUUUGAGCGUUAAGAUGCAGCCUCUCGAUCCUAUAACUUUGGCUAUCAUUGCAGUUGUUGUAGCAAUCGUGCUUUCUGCACUUCUUUUACUACUCUUUGCAACUCGCGAGGAGCGAUAUGAGGAUGUUCUCGCAGCUCAGCGCUCUGAACAAGAGGCUUACAUGGCUCGCACUGCGUCUACAAAGCCCGUGAAACAGCGGAAGAAGUUUGGAAAAGCAAAGAAAAAGUAUUCAGAUGAUGGAGAAGGACAGGAGGAGGUUUCAUCUCUCCAAGUGGAGGAAACGAUCGAAUCGAAUGUGGAGAUAUCGAGAUCAAGUAACCUUGAUACUAUGCCUGAUGAUGAAUUCCUUCCCGAUCGUCCUGAAGAAAAGAUUCCCGCAACCGAAGAGAAGCCUGGCUCUGGAACUGCAAAAGACCGGCAAGGGAAAAAGAAGGCGAAGAAAGCUGUAGGAAAAGAAGACACGAGUUCCGUGACCGAGCGACAUGUAAUUCACGACAAACCACGUGAGGUGGCUGAAGAAAUGGUCUCCGAAGUUGUUGAUUCUACAAUCGAAAGCGAACCUGAUAAACCCGAGGAUUUCGAAAUUGAGCAGCCGAAACCCCUGAACAGCAGUGAAACAGCAGCUCCCGCGAAGAAGUCUAAAAGCAAACCCAAAACAACAAAAGAUAGGGACCCCAUUCAAGGUGAGGUGAGUACUAAACGCCUCAUGGAAAUGGUGACAGCUUCAAACCUGAACUCAACUGAAAUUCAAUCUUUGAUUGAUGUUCUGCUCAACAAGCAAGGAGAAAAUAGUCAGUGGAAGAAGUCAUCUUCCAAAGGUGAUACAUUGGAGUUGCUGAAGAAACAGCUUCAGGAAAAAGAGACAAAGAUAUCAGAAGAGCGUCAACAAUCUCAGAAUGCUGCUAAUAAGCUAAGGGAGUUGAGGGAUGAACUACAACAAGAAAAGCAAAAACUGAAGAAUCAACAAACUAAUGCAACAAGUAAAAUCAAUGCUCAGACCAAAGAGAUCCAAGCUCUCCAAGCUCGCAUGCAGGCUUCUCAUGAUAGCCAUGCAUUGGAGGUGCAAACUUUGCAAAGUCAGUUGCGCCAGCUGCAGGAUGUGGUGGCAUCUUCAUCUGUGGGUAAUGUUCAACGCCUUCAAGAGGAAAAUGCUCAGCUGAAGAAUGCAUCCAUGAGAGCAACACAACUAACUGCAGAUAAAGAAUCUCUUACCACAGAGCUGACGAAACUACAGCAAACAUACCGUCAUGUUAAGGGAGAACUUAGUACCAAAGUUGAUCAGUUAUCAAAGAGUGAAGAGCAAGUUCGGCAGUUGACAAUUCAUCAGAGCAGUGUGAAAGAGGCAGAGAAUGUGUUAUCAAAGCGACUGGCUGAAGUGAAUGAAGAGCUUCAUAAGUCUCAGGCUAGAAACACUACAUUGCAGAAAGAUCUGAACUCAACAGCACAAGCUCUCAGAGCUGAAGAAGCCAAAACAUCUGACUUGAAGAAGCGCAUGACUGACCUUUCAGCUGCUGACUCAAACCAAGCAGAUGCUCUGAACUCCUUGACAGCCAAACUUCAGGAAGCAACAGCAAGGGUUUCUGAGCUGGAAAAAAUAUGUUCUGAUGUAGAAGUUCAGUUGAAGAAAUCACAAGAAACCCAAACACAAAAAGAGAAAGAGAUACAAGUAAGUUGAGACUCAGAGGAAAAUAUUCGUCUGGUUUGGCAAAACAAAAAUUUGGAUUAUAUGCUCAGACCCUAAUUGUCUAAUGGCAAAGAACCUAAUGUGUCUGCAAAGAUCCAGGAAGAUGCGCUAAAGGUAAAGGAGGAUGUCAUUGCUGAACUCCAUGGCAAUGUGAUCAAGAAAGAUGAAGAAAUUGCCAGUCUAAAGAGCCUCUUAGACGAACAAAAGAACAAAAAUAAUGAGCUUCGAAAGAAGAACUGGAAGGCUAUGGAAGCCGUAAACGAUGCCGAGAAAAAUGCUCAGGCGCAAAUUAAUAAGGCUCUUGAGGCAGCCAAGGCUGCAAAUGAUUCUGUGGCUAAUGGACAGAGUGAUGUUGUGAAGGAAAGAGAUGAUGCAAUAACAAAACUCAAGGAAGAGCUCAAGGAGAAAAAGGACGAAUGUAUCAAACUAGAAAAUGCUGUACAACAACACAAGGAUAAGAAUAAUUCCUUUGUAGAGUUCAUCCAAAUGUCAUGGUAGACACCACAUUGGCAUACAAGAAGUGGCUUGGGGAGUUUGAAAAACAAGCAUCCAAAUCCUCUGGCGAUAGUGAAGAGUUGGAAGAGCUUACCAAAAAGUUUGAAGAAGUACAGGCACAAAAAGACACUUUGGUAGCAGAAUGUGCUCAUUACAAAGUCACACUCCAAGAAACAGAAUCCUUGCUUAGAAAGUUAGAAGACAAUGUUGAAUCUGAAAUGGACAACUGGCAAAAGAUUGUAGAACGAACUCAAAGAGAGCUCAAAGAGGCCAAUGAUAGAAUAUCAACAUUAGAAGAAGAUCUUCAAAAGACCACAGGAUCAGCUUCUUCUCAGCUGGACACAAUAGCAUCUUUAGAGCAACAUCUCAAGGAGGCCAGGGCUGCUGAGAGUGAAGCAAAGCAACGAUUCUCUGAAUUACAGGAACAGCUCUCAAAAUCUACAGUCUCUGAAGACAGUGACAAAAUAAGAAAUCUUGAGAAAGAACUUGAAGUGCUAAGAGCACAAGAUAGAGAACUUACUGAUACAAUUUCCAAGCUAGAAUCCACAGAAAAAGAUCUUAUAAAGUGCAAGCAGCAAAGGGAAACUUCAAUCAAAGAAAUUGCUGAACGUGAUAAUGAAUUGAAAACAGCCAAGGGUGAGCUUGCCAAGGUUCAAAGCUCAGAAGACGAACUAAAGAAGAAAGUGGUAUCACUUGAGGAGGCCUUAGCCAAGGCAAAUAAUGACCUUGGAAAAUCACAGGAAUCACUUGACAGUUUAAACAACAGCCCUGACAAGAAAAAAAAGGGACUGAAAGGAGCACUCAAUAAAGUAAAGAACAAGAAGGAUAAAGAAAAGGAUGACGGUAAACUGGAAGAGGCUGAACGAAGGAUAUCUGAACAGCGAGCAGAGAUUGAUGAUCUCAAGAAUUCUAAACAAGAAUUGGAAAAGCAGCACAAAGCGUUAGAAGUUGAAUACAAAGAGUUGAAGAGACUUUCAAUUUCUGUUGAAAGCGAACUGGCUACAUCGCAACAGAUAGAAAAAGAUAUUUCAGAAGCAAUGAGUGAGACAGCUAUAAGCCCCGUCAAGCCCCGCCCUGCCCCCAGUGACAACUCACUCAAACCCCCGUUCCGUGGGACAUUGAAACCAGCAGAUAACUUCGAUGCCUUAAAAGACGCAGAAGCUUUGAGGAAAGCUAUGCAGGGUUCUGGAAGUGACAAAGACGCAAUUGUGGCCAUUCUUGGAGCUCGGUCAAAUAAACAGAGACAAGAGAUUGCGGCCAAGUACCAGCAGAAGUACAACAAGAACCUCACGGAUGACUUGAAAUCAGAACUGAGUGGAAAGUUCCAGGAUGCAGCAGUCGCUUUGAUGGCCGUUCCAGAAAAUUACGAUGCAGUUUCUCUUCAUGACGCCAUGUCGGGACUUGGAACUGAUGAACAGGUCCUCAUAGAAAUUUUAAGUUCACGGACUUACGAGGAACUUCAAGUAAUGAAGUCAGCCUAUACGAAAAUUUAUACCGGUAAAGAUGUGCUUAAAAAGAUCAAAGAAGACGCUACUGGGGAGUUCAGGACAACUCUUAUGAACUUGAUAGAGAAAAAUCGAGAUAGCAACGAAAAGGUAAAGGAGGACCUGGCAAAGACGGAUGCCAAGAAACUCUUUGAGGCAGGGCAAGGCAAAAAGGGAACAGACAAAGCAGUAUUUGUCGAAGUCCUUACAAGCAGAAAUUAUGCGCAACUGCGAGCCACCUUAGACGCCUACAAAACUUUGGCCAAAAGUGAUCUCAUGGAUUACAUCAACGAGCACCUUAAAGGAGAUUUGCAGAAUGUCUUGAGGGCGAUAGUUCGAUGCGCUCAGGAUCCAGCUCUGUUCUUCGCUGAGGUGUUGGAAAAGGCGCUGGACAAAGGAAACAGUAAAAUUACUACACGUGUGCUGGUGACAAGAUCAGAGAUUGAUCUGGCUGAUAUCAAGAGUCAGUACGAAAAGAAGACCGGACAACUUCUGAAAGAUGUUGUAGCGAAGAAAAUGAAAGGAGACCUCGAGAAAAUUCUUCUACAACUUCUGGGCAAUUGACGAAAGAGCAAGGGGAAUUAAGACGGGUUACACCCGUUGUUCAUCUAGCCUUAGUUAAAAUUGUCUAAAAUUUAAAUUUGAAAAUGGAAUUUUGUUGUUCGUUUGGGUUCCUUGUGAUGCAUCAUUGUUACGCACUGCGGUUUUCGUUUCGUCCAAUCCUAGCAAGCGCUCGGUCAUGUUGAACCGUGAGCAUGUCAGGGAGAUUGAGACAGGUUUUACAAUAUUUCUGUGUACGUGUCAUUUUAGUGCGAGCAGAUUGCAACACAAGGAAUCCAAUGUAAUUGAAACUUCAAAACACGUCUUAUCAUACAAAAUAACAAUAUUAUAUCUUGCUCCGGACGAAUCUUCGGUGCUCGAAAUAUUUUUUGAAUUUCGCCUCUUACAUAAGUUAGGCUUUGUACUAAAUUAUAUAUAAAGCAAAUUGUCUUUUGGGGCACAACCCCCAAGGAAAAGCGCAGACGUUAAUUGUAAUGAAUUUGACCCCUUCUUUAAUUGAUUAAUUACUAAAAAGGCGGAUUAGUGGAGAAUUAAUAUAAAAUACUCAAACCAGAAUUAAUUUGCGUUAUUUCCUGAGCGUUAAAGUCGCGUAUCGUUUGAAAUUCAAAAGAAAUUUAGACAUUUUAUUUUGAUUCAAUUGUUAGUGUCAUGGUAGCUUUAGAAAAUUGGUGUGAUUGCAGUGAACAUUGUUGUUGGUGGCUGCAAAGAUCGGGUGAUAUUUAUUCUUCUUUUGCUGUUUUAACAACCAGCUUUGUUGGACAGAAACGGUUUACACUGUGUAGAUAGUAAGCACAAUUAGAAAACUUGAAAGCCAGUUCUGAAGGGAGUUCCUCUGAGCUGCUGUAGAUUCAGUUGAAAAUUUUGUAGAGUACUGAAUAAAACUUUCGUAUUUCUGCCCCACUUAGAAACACUUCACCGAAUCGAUAGUUACCGUUCCUAGGAAUGAUCACUGCCUAAAUUUUUCCAUACAAUUUCUAAUAAACCCUCCAACAGACAGGCAGCAAGAGGCAAGGCAAUUAUAAAUUGUGGGUUAUUGCCCGGAUACAACAUCAAAUAAUAAGGAGAAGUUGAAGUUCUUUGAGGACGCAGACGACGCCUCCUGGUGAUAUGCCAUCGUCACAAGUUUUAGGGAUUUCCGAAGUAGACAUGAAAACUUCAAGACUGGACGGAUUUAAAUUGCAGUAUUCGUUGUGCUUGUUGAGGGUUUUUUUCAAAAGUGGUUCGCGUCUUCCCUUGCUUGAUUUAAAACAGACAUACUACGCGAUGUAGUAAAAAUUGACUCGGUGGAGACUAGUAAUGUCUCGGAGAGUUUGGUUUGUAGUAGAUAAGUUUAAAGUUGUCAAGAAAUAAAGCACCAACGGUGAGAUUGUGUUGUUAAGCUCAA